AUGUUGCGGAUUGCAUGGAAAACUUGCAGCUUGAUCCAUCUGGUUUAAUUGAGGAAGAACAAACUUUGUCACAAGCAAUGCAAGUUGAAUCAGAUAAUUUCAUAGAAGUCGACUACUGGAAGCCACAUGAAAUACUAAACGUUCGGUCGGCGAACAUAUUUCCACCCAACUAUAAUUUUCGUAAGGUGUGCUCCUGCGAUGAGUGUAGCGCCAUGAUUGAUGAGCUCAAUGACUUCGCUGAGAGCACAAGAUCCCUACUUGAGGGUGUAAUGGACAUUACAUCCUUUAUCUCCCAUACAGUUGACCACUGUUUCUAUCUCUCACAAGCAUGUAACUGGUCAGCACAGACACUCCACAAGUUUCGGAUUUUGCUCAAAGAAGAGAAUGAGAAGCUAGGAGUUCAAUUUACUCUUCAAGAAAAUAAGUUUCGACACAAACAUAUUGAAAUCCAAGAAGUUAUAGCUGAGAGUGGCAUCGUGCCAUAUUUUGAGAUCAAUAGAGCUGAGGAUGAGAUCGAUCCAUCAUGUGUAGUAGAGCCUAUACGUUUUGACAUCGGCAGCCGUGGGAAGCUUUAUUAUAAGCCUUCUAGAGUUCGGGAUGUGGCACAUGCAUUGUUGGAUCAGAUUUUAAAAAUUGAAGAUGAGCACAAAGCACUGAAGGCAGAGAAAGGUAUAGAGGUGGAUCUUUGCCAUUUAGAACGGCAAAUUAAGUGCCUAGAGCAGCUGCCUGUCGAGGAGCUUCUUUCAGAAGUUGUAGAUGUCAUACGCACAGUUCGUGCUAUCAUCCCCUUUAAGGCAGAGUUGUCAUCCAUCAGGAUGUUCAUCACAGGAGUUUGUGAUGAAAUGAUAUGUAUAAGGAGAUCAUUUUGGCAGGAUUACAAAAGCUUGUAUGCACAUCUCCCAAUCGCUGAUCGACAUUUUAUACUGACAAAAACUAUUAGAGACUUGCAGCAAUGG